GGAAAGGAAGGAGACUUAUUGAUUGGCUGUGACUGGGGGGCCAAUAACUUCUGCUUGUUCUCAGCCUGAUGAUCCGGGCCGGACUGUGAGGGUCUCUAAUCUGACAGUUAGUGCUCCCCCCUCCCUGCUGUGGUGCCUCCGCCUCCCUCUCUACCCGGGAACACCCUCCCCCUCCCUCCUUUACUCAAUUGCUCGGAGCUGCUGGCGCUGCCAGACUUGGGACUGUGCUGCUUCCCGGCGCUCUCUCGGAUUAUCCUCUGCUUCUUCCCUCCAUUGGACCGGUACAGAACCAGGAUUUACACAGGUGGAUUUAGUUCUGUUUAUCCGGACAAUGUGUCUCAGGGACCCGGCUCACAGUGAGCCGCCUGCAGCCUUGGAACGGAACCGGUACCGGGACUUUGUGUAGUGAGCUGCCUGUGAGCACUAGAACAGGGGCAAGCAGAAGAGUGACCUAUGGAGUUCCAUGGACAAUAGAUGUAAAAACGAGGCACAAAGAAGGUCCAGCCAAUGACAGCCGGGAUCCCAAGACAAUCGGUUGAUGCAGCUCAUUGUUUCUGAAUCUGAGGUCGCCCCUACCCCGAUGCUCACAUGGUUGAGAGUAUGACGUCACUCUGUAAUGGCUGUGAGAAUGGCACAAUAGCUAAUUCUCAAGCUAUAGAUAAUGGCGACACAAGAACUUUAGCUGAUGGCACUGGCCAUGGUGGCGAAUCCAGCACCAACAAUGAAGAUCUGCACGAUGAUAAUCAGAACUCUUCUAAACUUGUCUACUUUUUUACCACCUCGAAACAACGGACCAACCUGAAUAAUGAACGCCCCCGUUCCAUGAUGGCUGUGGGCAACUCGUCGACCUGGAAUGCUUUGUCUUCCUUGAGAAAGAUGGGCUCCUUCAAGAAAUUGAAGUCAUCCGUUCUGCAGGGAAUCCAAGCGAAAGAAAAUGCUAAUAUUAUAAGUGAUAAUGAAACAGAUGUUCAGAAGUGUAAGCCCAGCAGAAUGCCUUUAUCAAAGUCUAUGCAGGACGGAUAUAAUUUGGCCGAUGGGUUACAGUCUGAUGGAUCAGAUGCCGAGGAAACAGAUAAUGCCUUCUUGAGAAGUACUCAUCGAUCUCGCAGCAUCCGGCGUGCCUAUGGAUCUGGCCGUAUUAAUUUAUCAGAUACAGACAAAGCUUCUUCAUCGCAGAGCCCACUCAGGCCCUUGUCACCAGUUCGCCAGGAGCACAGUAAUUGUGAAAUAAUAGUGAAAGAUUUAAAAGGCAGUCAGGUUAUUUACAGGCGGAGUAAAAGUACGGACAAUUUGAAUUUCCUCAAAAAGAGUUCAUUUAAGCGGAAAUCUACCUCCAACUUAACAGACAUUAAGUCCAACAGCGAGAAAGAGAUAGUACAAAAGGCGCCACUAAGCACUCCAGAUUCAGAUAGAAUGGACACGACUCCAGAAAGAAGGUCAAAGAGAUGGAGAAGUCCUAUUAGGGCAAAAGACUUUGACAGGGUAUUGAAAAUAAUGAGCAAUGUCACCGAUGGGCAUUGGAAAAGAGAGGGGAGUAGGUGCACAUCUCCGGCCCCCGAGGAAUCCCAUAGAAGUAGGCCCAACAGUCGCUUGCAUGACGAUUACUCCAGAAGAGUGUCCAGCAGUGCUGACACUGAGAGACGGAAGUCCGCUAUUAGUGCUCCGUCCCCAGUUCCUUUGGUUGUAUGUCGUCUUAGCUAUACCGACUCCAACAUGGAUUAUCCGGACUCUGAAACUCAAGUGAAAUCUGCAGAGAGUAGACAGUGUUCUGGAAGCCUCUGUACGGAACCCUCUAAUAAAUCUGAUACAAGCAGUAGCUUAAACCAGUUGGAUAAUGAGGUUUUCUAUGCAGACGGUGAGGAACCAAAACCUCACACUCCCUCUGCCACCGGUACCCCUGUCAGACCCACCGCUCCUAAGCCUCAGAGCCCCAGUAUGGAACUGUACAAAUCAGCCAUUUCCAUCCAUUGCCAAAAUCACAGCACUUUGUCACUGAGCUCAAUGGAAAGUGAUGAAAGAACCGAACCAACUGCCCCUAAGGUUGAGCGGAGCCCCCCGUCCUUUAAAGACUCCACAAAGCCAAGUUACUAUGAUGAUGGCAAUGAAGAUAGUGGAAUCAGCAGCCACUCUCAGCUGAGUCUCAAUGCAGUCAGUGAAGAGAAACAAGAAGAGGUUGUCAAUGAGGAACCUGUCAAGAAACCUCCACCGCAAGAUGACGAAAAAAAGGCCGAUCCUCAGAAGGUGGCAUCUCGAAAAUGGAAUUCUGCCAAAUGCAGGUCUCGGCAGAGGCCGCUGUCAGACUACGGUCAGUCUGCUAUCCGUAGCUUCUCCAUUCCAGAAGAUUCUGUUGCUGCAGAGUCCCAAGAAACUGAUGAUGGGAAGUGUCGAUUUCCCUCACAGUCAGAACCCCAGACACGAGAGCAUGUCCCUAAGUACCAACUGAACUGUAGAAGACGUCCCAUCUCUGUAAUAGGUGGGGUCAACUUUUUUGCAACAAGCGAGGAUGAAGAAAUGGGAGCCAUGCUUCAACAACCAGUUCCUCGGCCCCCAAUUCCAGCCCACAAGGUUCCUCCAUAUAAGGCUGUCUCUGCCCGUUUAAGACCUUUUGCCUUGUCCCAGAGCACGCCCAUAGGCCUAGAUCGAGUUGGACGUCAACAACAGCUAAGGGCUUCUAACAUUUCAGCAGAUGGCGGGGCGGAGGCUUCUGCUUUGGUUGAUGACAAUGGGAGCGAGGAGGACUAUAGCUAUGAAGAACUUUGCCAAGGCAAUCCCAGAUACCUGCAACCAGGAGGAGAGCAGCUAGCAAUUAAUGAGUUGAUCAGUGAUGGCAGUGUGGUGUAUGCAGAAGCUCUGUGGGAUCAUGUCACCAUGGAUGAUCAAGAACUUGCCUUCAAAGCAGGAGAGGUCAUCCGUGUUCUUGAGGCUUCUAAUAAAGACUGGUGGUGGGGAAGAAUUCGGGAUCGCGAGGCAUGGUUUCCUGCUAGCUUCGUCCGGUUACGUGUCAACCAGGAGGAUGUGUCUGAAAACUCUUGUAGCUUCCAUGAAGAAGAUCAUGACAUGACUGUUUCAAAGUCCCGCCAUAAGAAUGCUGAGAACAUGGACCAGAUGAGGGCUAAUGUUGUUCGGGAAAUAAUGGACACAGAGCGGGUCUACAUCAAGCAUCUAAAAGAUAUAUGUGAGGGUUACAUCAAGCAGUGUCGGAAACAUACCGGCAUGUUUACAGAAGGGCAGCUCAACACCAUCUUUGGAAACAUUGAAGAUAUUUACAAAUUCCAGAAGAAGUUCUUAAAGGAUCUUGAGAAGAAACACAACAAAGAUGAACCUCACUUGAGUGAAAUUGGGGACUGUUUUCUCAAUAAUCAAGAUGACUUUUCCAUCUACUCCGAGUACUGCAACAAUCAUCCCAAUGCGUGCUUGGAGCUGUCCAACCUGAUAAAACAAGGGAAGUAUCGGCACUUCUUCGAGGCCUGCAGGCUUCUGCAGCAAAUGAUAGACAUUGCUAUUGAUGGCUUCCUACUGACCCCAGUGCAGAAGAUCUGUAAAUACCCACUGCAGCUAGCUGAGUUACUGAAGUACACAACCCAAGAGCACAGCGAUUACAGCAAAAUAAAAGAAGCCUACGAAGCCAUGAAAAAUGUUGCCUGUCUAAUAAAUGAGCGGAAAAGGCGGUUGGAAAGCAUAGACAAGAUUGCCCGCUGGCAGGUUUCCAUUGUUGGUUGGGAGGGACAAGAUAUUUUGGCCAGAAGUUCAGAACUGAUUCACUCUGGAGAGCUGACCAUGAUAAUUAAACAAGGAAAGAGCCAACAAAGGACGUUCUUCCUCUUUGACCAUCAGCUGGUGUUCUGCAAGAAAGAUCUAUUGCGGAGGGACAUCUUGUAUUACAAGGGCCGAAUUGACAUGGACGAGAUGGAGUUUGCUGAUGUGGAAGACGGAAAGGAUCGGGACUUUAAUCUGAAUAUUAAGAAUGCAUUUAAAGUCAUGAAUCGGUUAACAGACGAGGUCAAUCUCUUUUGUGCAAAAAAACAAGAGGACAAACAGAGGUGGAUCCAGGCCUUUUUGGAUGAACGGAAGAGAGUUCAGGAUGACAAAGAUAUGGGGAUGGAGAUCUCAGAAGACCAAAAGAAGCAAGCAAUGCACAAUGCCAAGAGAUCAAGGCAAGGGAAGAUGAAAGGGGUAUCUUACAACGGAGUUCCAACUGUGCCCCCUCAUCAGAGCUUGCACCCCAUCCACCAGCGCCACAUCACCGUGCCGACCAGCAUUCCCCAGCAGCAGGUGUUUGCCCUGGCAGAACCCAAACGCAAGAAUUCUCCUUUCUGGAGCACAAUCACCAAGCUUACGCCAUUCAAGAAAUAAGUCUCCGCACUGAGAAACCUCUGCUGCCCACUAGGUGGCGUUGGAUUGGGCGCUGGGUAUUGCCAUUCAGCAGCUGGUAACCCUGAUCUAAAAGGAGAACUGUUUUCCGGACCAUGGAAUUCUUCAUCCAAGGACAAGGAGUUCAGCAUUUCAAGGUCAAAUCCCCUUGAACGGAGAAUGGAAAUCACUGAAUUCAAUGAAGGAACAAACAAAACAAAAAUGAAGAAAUGCCAAAAAAUGUGAAAGAAAACUUGACACAAAAGAGGGAUUUAUUGUGCCGUGUGUAUAAGAAUGUUUCCAUAUAAAGAUACUUCUAGUGACUAUUUAAUUUAUUGCUAUGGACUGGCUGAACUUGAUUUAGGGGUGUUUUUAAAAUUGUAAAUAUUUUAUUUUUUUUUGUAAUGAAAUUGGCAAGAUUAGCUGGCCUGUGUUUUUUUCAUGGUACUGAAUGGCAUUUGUAGCCUCAAUGCCAAAAUCUCAACAUCUUUCUGAAUGCAGCCUAUAAUGACAUGGUCUGGUUUUAUUUAUAGAGAUGUUUAUGAAAGGGGAAGUAUUCCCUGGCGCUUAGUAAGCGUUUUAAAAAUGUGUAACGUCCCCCAGCCACAUUUACUGAGCCUUUAACUUCUGCUUCCAUUCUGCAAACUGACACAGGCAGAGGGCGCAAUGCAUUGUGGGUUUCUUCUGUCAUUAGUGCAUUAGCAGGAGGUAGAAUUCCCAGCAUCCCACUGCUAGCUAAACUGACGAGCAUGCUGGGAAAUGUAGUUGCGCAACAGCAAAAGUAAUGUAAUAGUAGCAGGGGACUCUGUGUAUUUUAAAGGACAAAUUAAGCAAGGUUUUCUGGGUGCCUUUUUAUUUUAUUCUUUUUAGGCCAUAAUGAUGUAUUAUUCCACAGAUGCCAUGAUAUUCUCUGCAUGGGCGAGUGUUUUAUUCUCGUGUCGGCAACCUAAACAACAUGGCAUCCAACAGCCCCCCCCCCCCCCCAUAGACUUAGUGCAUAUAUCAUCACUCGUGUUAGCGCUUGUCAAGUGGUAGUAGCCUCAAAAAGUAUCUGUGUAUGCAGGGGCAGAUUCACUGUUUGUUUGGCUCAGACUGUACCCCAGCUCUGCCGCCAAUUCAACCCCAGCCCACACCCUUCAAUAUAAGGGAACUGGGUGACCACCUGGAUUGUCCCUAUGUAAUUCCCCACUGUGUGUCUUUAUGCUUGUCACCUGGCCAGUCAUGAUACCAGUUAUUGACAGGAAAUUAAAGUUUAUGGGGGCAUCUUUGAGCACAGUAGUGCCACAGUUCAACGCUAGAAUAAAACAAUGUUUUAAAGGGCACCUAACACCCUCAUUCUGUUUCCCACCAGAGGUGCAGGGUAAUAGAGGCCACACUUGGGUUAGGGGAUACAAUAGUUUUUUUAAAUAGCCCCUGACAGCGACACCAGGAGGGAGUUCCCGUUGCGGGCAGCCAUGUUAUGACACACACAUGCACAUAAGGAGCGAGUGCCACAACAUGCCUGUGACCGCUGCUAGGUCAGGUGCAUAAUGAGUGAGCGGCAAGCUUUACUCAUUAUGGGAAUGCGUGCCAAACAACAUGGCCGGCCCCACCAGAAGGUCCCUCCUGCUGCAGGUAGCAGCUGGCGGGAGCUAUUUUUUUCCAAGAAAAACAAAUAUGGGGGUAGUGCACUUUAAUUGUAAUCUCUGCCUAGACCGAUAGCAGUGUCCAGCUACUGCUGGAGGGCCCAAGGGUGUAUGCAAACCAGGGAAAGCCCCUGUUAGCUCAUGACAAGGUCACCGAUAUAGGAAACCAUUGGUGUAUCAGCCAUUCAUCAAUAGUUCCGAGAAUAUCUAGGGAAGCUCUCCCAUAGUGACCUUCAAGCUUGGCUUUCAGUUGUAUCUAGGAGAGCAAAUAGGCAUUCUCCCCAAAUUGCACCCUAAGGCUAAUGCCUGAUAUGGUGGAUUUAUCUGUAGACUGUGUAUCUCUAUGCUCCAAAAUGCUUAUUGAUGUGGCUUAUUGUGUUGGAUACCAGUAGGGGACUGCAUACAUUUAGUUGUGCACCCAAAUCUACUCCGGGUGCAGGUACAUCAAUAAGUAUUUUGGAGCAUAGGGGCGGAUCGUUGGCCCGCGGGCUGAGAAUCCACCAUUUUGGCACGGGUCUUACUGGCCACCUGGCUGAGCCCCCUUUGCCAUAGCUCCGUGCCCCUCUAGGGGGCAGCCCUGCAGUCUAGGAAUUGCUAUGUUACAGGCUUCUUACAAGCUGUUUUUGGGACAGACACAAUGUUUGCUAUGACUUUUACCAUUCUGCAUCUGUUUUAUAACAAUGACCAAAAAGCCUGGAACUUUCCGAAAGGUCAGGUGACUCCUGUAGCUGUUUGCUCAGGCAAAACUCUCACAUUCUCUCCCAACAAAAGGUGCGUUUUUGCACAAUAUUCCCUGCACUCUGGCGACCUUUUGUCUUUUUUUAAUCUAAAAAGUGGCUGCAUUCAUGAAAUCUUUUGUAAAUUUGACAGUUAUUCCGUUGGCGAAAAUGUAUGAUGUAUCUAAGACGUGCUAUUUAUUUUGUAUACCUAACAAUGUUCUCAUGUUCACUUAUGCCUAUUUUUCAUAAUGAAAAAAAAUCAUUGUAUUUUCUUUUUUUUUCUUUUUGGUUUCACGGGCAGAGAAAAGGACUCCGUAACCGCCGUCAAUGCAAACGAGUGUUAGCGCUGGAAUGUUUUCUUUUCGUUUCAGAGUUAAUAUGAAACUUUGUUUUGUUUUUUUUAACAUUUGUAACGUUUGUAGUUUCGGAAACUCUUUCAUGACCAAAAUGAUUUCACUGUUACAUUUCCGCGUGACAUGAAAACGUUCCAAGUGAAAUUGUUCUUGAACAUUUAAA